AUGUCUCUCACUCGUAAUAUCACAAAUUGUUCUAGACGUUCAUCUUUUUCUCAAACUCCAGCUGUUCAUCCCACUCAUCCCGUUCAUCCCGUUCAUUUUCAAAUUGAUAUUUCCUCUUCUAAAUAUUCUAACUCCUCACCAUCAUUAAAUUCUCCAUGCUCUUCAUUAUUUCCACAAAACUCUUUUUCUACAUUUUAUCUUUCAAAUCCAUAUUAUCGAUAUAAAUGUGAGUGGACAGGAUGUAACUGGAAUUUCAAACGAUCAGAGCAUUUGAAGCGUCACAUUCUCACACACACUGGUGAAAGAAAAUAUGCAUGUACUCAUCCAGGAUGUGGUAAAAAAUUUGGAAGAUCUGAUAAUUUUGCUGCACAUUCAAAAACUCAUAAUAAAAAUACGAAAUUAAUGAGUAAUAUAGCUAAUUGGAAUAAUGGAAAUAAUUUAAAUGAAAAUGGUAAUCGAAAAGUUAGAAAUUAUCAUUAUAAUGCUAGAAAUACUAGGCAAGGACAGUUAGAUAAUAACGGUGGUCGCUUUAAUAAAGAUUUUGUUGGUCAGCAUAUUAAUAGUCACGUCAACGUUAAUAAUCAUCAUGUAGGUAGUCACGUUGGUCAUUUGAUGUUAAAAAUUUAUUGA